AUGUCAGUAAAUGAAAAAACAAUUACUGAGACACUUGAAAAAAGAAAAGAUGAAAAAUGCACCUUUUACGAUAAAAAGGCGACCGAAGAUGUGACUCCAGAAAAUGAGAUUCAAUUCUUUAAUGAAAAUAUCUCAAAUGCUAAUGUACACAGACAAAUAG